AAAAUUGAUCAUAAUCAUUCAAUGACGACAACUAUUUCGACCAUUAUGGUCAAUAAUAACGACAACAACAACAACAUUAUAAUGAAUUCUACUGCCAAUAAUAAUAUUUUUGUAUCGACAAUAAAUGAUCCAUUUGAUAAUAGUGGUAUUAUUGAUCAUCGUAUAAAUUUUGAAUUUACACGUUCAAAUUAUAAUGUUACAAUACCGGAAAAUUCAUUAUCAAAAAUAUAUGCAACAUCCAUAGAAAAAAUGGGCAUCUAUAUUUCGGAUCCGGCAUUAACUGUACGUUAUAAAAUUGUUGCCGGUGAUCCGGAUAAAAUAUUUCGUGCCGAUCAUCGUCAUGUUGGAAAUUUUUUCUUUCUACUGAUUCGUGUACGACAUGAUAAAAAUGCUGUAUUGAAUAGAGAAAAUCGAGCUAAAUAUGAACUUCGUGUACGAGCUACAAUUACAUCUGAACAUAAUAAAGCUGUACGUUUUAAAUCAAAAUGUAAUGUUACUGUAACCGUUUUGGAUUGUAAUGAUAUAUCGCCAAUAUUUUUUGAAAAAAAUUAUGAUAUUGAUGUUUAUGAAGAUGUACCAUUAGAAACAAAUUUAAUACAGGUAACAGCUAUUGAUCCGGAUAUUGGUCUUAAUGGUGAAAUAUAUUAUAGCCUUACUGAUGAUAGUAUAUAUUUUGCUAUACAUCCAACAUUGGGUAUCAUUUAUAAUACACGUCCAUUAUAUUUACAUCAAUUAUUAUCGACAAGUGAAAAUACAAUAACAACAUUACCAUCGACAGAAUUUAUUGUUAAUCUAACGGUAUUGGCACGCGAUCGUGGCCAUCAUCUUUCAUCACAAACAAUUGAAUCAUCUAAAACAAAAGUUAAUAUAAGAAUACAGCCAGUCAAUAGACAUGCACCAUUGAUCUCAAUUAAACAACAUAGUACAUUAUCAUUGACAUCAACCACACCCGAAUCAUUGAUUGUUGGUUCAUCAAUUUAUGCAAUCAUACAUGUUAGUGAUGAAGAUCUAGGUAUUUAUGGUCAAAUUUGUUCAUUCAAUAUAAUUGAUGGUAAUCAACAAUCAUUAUUUCGUGUUACAAAUCAAUCAUCAAAUGAUUAUAAUUUACAAUUGAUAAAAUCGAUUGCUGAUCUAUUUCAUUUAUCAAAAUCAUUAUCAAUGUUUGAGCUUGUUGUACAGGCACGUGAUUGUGGUCAACGUAUUACAAAUAAAACAAUACAAAUAUCAUUGGAUGAACAUUUAAGUUUAAAUUUACAAUUUACAUCGGAAAAAUAUUAUAAAGAAUUAUAUGAAAAUUCAUUGAUUGGUACACAGGUUUUACAAGUUGAUCUUAAAAUUUCCUAUAGUAAUGGUAUUAUUAAUAAUAAAUAUCAAACAUCAAAAAAAUUAAGUGAUAUUAGAUCGAUAACAGAUAAUUCAAUACAUUUUUCCAUUAUAAAUGGUAAUGAAAAUAAUACGUUUGGUAUUACUGGUAAUGGUAUCAUUUAUACAAGAAAACAACUUGAUCGUGAAAAUAUAGCCGAAUAUCGUCUUGUAGUUCGUGCACAACAUCAAUUGAAUCAAAUUGCAACAACAAUGAUAUAUAUUGAUUUAAUGGAUGUAAAUGAUAAUUAUCCACAAUUUAAAAAUCAAGAUAUACCAUCGAAUGGUAUUGUACAAUUAUCGAUUGAAGAAAAUAAACCAAAUGGUAGUAUUAUUUAUAAAGUUGAUGCUAUCGAUUAUGAUUCCGAAACAAAUAAUCGAUUUAUAACAUAUGAACUUUUAUAUUAUGGUAAAGAUCCAGAACAAUUACCAUUUGCUAUUGAUCAAUAUAAUGGUGAAAUAUUUAUAAAUCAACCACUUGAUUUUGAAUUAAUGCAUCAUAAUUAUCUACUAUUUAUACGUGCAUCUGAUUGGGGUGAACCAUUUCGACGACAAAAUCAAAUUGCAAUUAAUGUUACUAUUGUUGAUGCAAAUGAUCAUCGACCACAAUUUGAACAAAUUAAUUGUACAAUAUAUUUAUCAAUCGAUACUAAACCAUUUACACAAUUAUUAAAAUUAUCAGCAAUCGAUUUAGAUCGAUUAAAUGAAAAUAAUAAUAAUAAUAAUUCAAUUUAUUAUCGUUUAUUUACACAACAAUUACCAAAAGAAAUUGAACAUUGUUUUCGUUUGGAUGAAAAAAAUGGUCAACUUGAAUUGAUCUGUAAUCUACGUAAAGAGAUAAAAUUAUUGAAUAAUCGUAUGAAUAAAAAUAAUGAUAAUAAUAAUAAUAAUGGUAAUAAUAAAAUUUUAUGGACCUUAACAACAUCGGCAACUGAUGGUCAUUAUUUUUCCGAUACAAAUCUAAUAAACAUUAUUGUUGUUGAUGAUACAACAACAGCAACAAAAACAAAAGCAACAAUAGUUGAAAAUAAUAACGAACGAAAAGAUAUUCGAUCAAAACGUUUAUCGACAUUGAAAAAACAUCAACAUCAUCAACAGCAACAACGAAAUAUCAAUGUACAAUGUACUGAUUCAGGUAUACGAUAUAAAUCACAACAACAAUAUCGUAUUUCUGCUACAUUAGAUUCAAUACAACUACAACCGGAAGAAAAAGAAUGUACAAAUAAAACAAUAACAAUUAUUGUUGAAGAUGUUAAUGAUAAUAAACCAAUUAUUGAUGAUGAUUAUAUAUUUAAAAUUUCUUAUGAUAAAGAUUCGAAUGAAAAUUCAAAACUUGAAUAUUAUAUUGAUGGACAUGCCGAUACAUUUUCUAUUGAUCUUUAUAAUGGUACAUUAUGGUUGGAUAAAAAAUUAGAUCGUGAAACAAUUGAUAAAUAUAUUAUUUAUGUAACUGUUUCGGAUUGUGGACAACCAUCAUUAUCGACAACUGCUGUGAUAACUAUUAAUGUUCUUGAUAUCAAUGAUAAUGCACCAUUAUUUUUUCAAAGUUCAUAUUUUCUAAAAGUUCGUGAAGAUAUACCGAUCGGUACACGUUUGAUGCGUAUAUCAGCAUUUGAUCAGGAUGAAAAUGAAUCUGGUGAUAUACGUUAUACAAUAAUUGAUACUGAAAAUAAUACAUUCGCUAUUGAUGAAUUAACCGGUAAUAUUCGUUUACAUAAAUCACUUGAUUAUGAAAAAAUACAGCUAUAUAAUUUAACUAUAAUGGCUAUGGAUGAAGGAAAACCAUCAUUAUCAACAAAUACAUAUUUAAUCAUUGAAAUUGAAGAUGUAAAUGAAAAUUAUUAUCCACCAAAAUUUGCCGAUUUCUAUGAUACGGCUGUUGUUAAAGAAAAUAUGCCAAUUGGUACAUUUGUAACAAAAGUCAAAGCUAUUGAUCAGGAUAAUCCAAAUUUACCAUUAAUUUAUCAAAUUAUUGGUGGUAAUGGUCUUGGUCGUUUUACAAUUGAUUCGAAUGGAAAUAUCUAUACAUCAAUUGUAUUGGAUUGUGAAAUUAAUUCAAAUUUUUGGCUAACAAUUGUUGCUAAAGAUCGUGCUGCCGUACCAUUGGCAAGUUUUCUUGAAUUAUAUAUUGAAAUUGAAGAUGUUAAUGAUAUGCCACCAAUAACAAAAGAAUCAUUCUAUACUGUAAAUGUAUUGGAAAAUAUACCAAUUGGUAGUCUUGUAUUACAGAUUGAAGCAUAUGAUCAAGAUUUUCGUCUUUCGAAAGAUAAAUCAAAUCAAAUUCUUUUCAAUAUUAGUGAUAGACAGGUACCAUUUGAAAUUGAUAAUAAAGGUCAUAUACGAACAACAGAUAAAUUAGAUCGUGAAACAAUUUCACGUUAUGUAUUGGAUUUAGAUGUUAUGGAACCAACAAUUACCGAUAGUAAUCAAUAUAAUGAUGAUAAUCAAACGACAACAUUUCUUAAAUCACGUACACCAAUUAUUGUUAACAUAUUGGAUGUAAAUGAAUUUGAACCAAAAUCUAUAAUGAAUACUUAUCGUUGUUAUAUGUAUGGAAAAAAUAUUGAUAGAAGAUUACCAGUUUGUCAGAUAAUUGCUUAUGAUCAAGAUGAUGAUGAUCGUUGUACAUUAUCAUAUGAAAUAAUUGAAGGAAAUGAGAAAAAAUUCUUUCAUCUUGAUACAAAUAGUGGACGUAUUUAUUCAACAAAAGAUAUUAUAUCAAAAGGAAACUAUGAUUUUGUUGUACAAAUUUCCGAUUGUAAUCAACCUGAACCAUUUACAUCAACUGUACAUGUAAUAAUACGUGUAUUGUCAGUAAAUAUUCGUGAUGAUAAUCAUAAACCAUCAAUUGAACCAUUUGAUUCAAUUAUAAUGAUUAACCGUAAUGAAGAUAUUGGUUAUACAGCUGCAUGGAUUAAAUCAUCUGAUGAUGACAAUGAUCGAUUAUGUUAUUAUAUUAUUAAUGGUAAUAUUGAUGAUUCAUUUGCAUUUCUUGAUAAUGGUGCAUUGGUGGUUACAAAAUCAUUGAAAAAUCAAUUUAUCAAUCAAUUUAAUCUAACAUUAUUGGCAACCGAUGGUCAAGAUAAUUCAACUAUUAAUAUUUUAGUAAAUAUUAUGAAUGAUUAUGAUGAUGUUAUGUCAUUUGGACAGGAAAAAUAUGUUGUUAAUGUAUUUGAAAAUAUAACAGUCGGUAGUGAUGUUAUUAAAUUGAAUGUCAUUAAUGAUUUAAAUGAUCAAACAUCAUUUGCUAUUUAUUCAACACAAUCACCCGAAACAUUAACUAAAUUUGAAGUGGAAAGCUGGUCUGGUCUUAUUAAGAUCAAAAAUCGAUUAGAUUAUGAACAAGGAAAACAACAUGUUAUUCUAGUUGAAGCAAGAUCCGGUCGUAAACAUUCACGUUCAUUACAUCAACGUACAUUUACUAAAGUAAUAAUCAAUGUUAUCGAUGUUAAUGAUCAAUCACCACAAUUUAUUACAUCACAUUUUGAAACAAAUGUUGUUGAAUCAUCAUCAAUUGGUACAUCAAUAUUACAGGUACAAGCAUUCGAUACUGAUUAUGGUAAUAAUGCUAAAAUCAAUUAUACAAUUAUAUCCGGAAAUAUUGAUCAAACAUUCGAUAUUGAACCGGAUCUUGGCUAUAUUUAUAUUGCUAAACAAUUAAAUUUUCGUCAAUUAUCCGAAUAUUAUUUAUUGGUUAAAGCUAAUGAUCAAGGUCAACCAUCAUUAAGUAAUACGGCAAAUGUACAUAUUUUAAUUACAUUACCUGAUAAUUCUCCACCAAAAUUUGAACAAACAAAUUAUGUAGUUGAUAUUCGUGAAGAUGAAAAAGUUGGCACUGUUAUUUUAUCAAUUAAAAUGGUUAAUAAACAGGCCAGUUUUUUUACCAUUAUAGACGGUGAUAUGGAUAAAACAUUUGCUAUUAAUGUUAAUAAUGGUGAACUUUAUAUUCGUAGACCAUUAGAUUAUGAACAUUGUUCUGCUUAUCAAUUAACAAUUGAAGCAUCAAAUCUAAUUGGUGCAAAUGUAACAACCAAAGUAUUUAUUAAUAUAAUCGAUAUUAAUGAUAAUGCACCAUAUUGGAAUCAAACAAUAUUCGAUGGACAAAUAUUUGAAACAACACCGAUCAAUACAUUUGUUCAAACAGAAUCCGGUUCACCAUUAGUAAUUCAUGCUUAUGAUAAAGAUUCAUUUUAUAAUCUUGUCUAUCAAAUUGUUGAACAUGAAGCACGUGAAUAUUUUCGUAUUGAACCACGUACUGGUGCUAUUUCAUUAAUACAAAUGUUAGAUUGUGAUAAACAUCAACAAUUACAAUUUUCUGUUUCGGUUAUUGAUGAUGGUACACCAAAAUUAAAAUCAACAAAUGAUGCAAUGGUUCGUAUUCGUUGUCUACCGGUCAAUGAUUGUCCACCUGUAUUUGUUGUUGAUAAAUUUCAUGCAACACUUUAUUUACCAACAUUUCCAAAUGUUAUCAUUACUAAAGUUACAGCUAUGGAUUGUGAUUUUAAUCCAGAUAAAAAUAAUGGUGAAAAUUUAAGAAACGAACAAAAUCCAGAUCUAAAAUAUUAUUGUCAAAUUAUGACAACAAAAUCUGAAAUUAAAUUAGGUUUACAUGAAAUAUUUGUCACUGUUAGUGAUGGAAAAUUUACAGCCGAAGCAAAAGUAUUUAUUAAUGUUAAAUUAUUACCAAUAAGUACAUUAAAAUUUCGUCAAAAACGUUUUCAAGCAUCCAUUCAAGAAAAUUCAUCAAAUCUUCGUACAAUUUUAAUGCCAAAUAUUGAAGGUAAUAAACUUCAUGAACAUCUUAUUUAUCGUAUAAUGACACCAACAAAUCUAUUUAAAAUUGCUCGUACAUCUGGUGCAAUUCUUUAUCGUGGAAUUCCCGUUGAUCGUGAGACAACACCAAAAUUUGAACUAGCCAUUGAAGUACAAUCAAUUUCAAUUCGUAAUCGAAUAGCACAAACAUUAAUCGAAAUUAAUGUUGAAGAUAUUAAUGAUAAUCAACCAAAAUUUGUUGGUCUACCAUAUCAAUUUGUAUUCAAUUCGGAUUCAAAUAUUGGUGAUAUGAUUGGUAAAAUUCAAGCAGUCGAUAUGGAUGAUGGUAUUAAUGGAAAAAUACAUUAUUCAAUUAUUUCUGGUGAUCCAAUGAAUUUAUUUGCAUUGAAUACAAUAACUGGUCAUUUAACUAUUGCUCGUCAAAUUAAUCAAAAUUUUAUUGAUAAUAAUAAUAAUAAUCAUAAUCCAAUUAACUAUACAUUACUUGUUAUGGCUAAAGAUUUAGGUAAACCAUCAAUGAAUUCAAUGAUAAAUGUUACAUUACGUAUGAUAACCGGUGGUAUACCAUUAUUUCAACAAUCAUAUUAUAAUGUAACAAUUAAUGAAAAUUAUCCACCAAUGUUACCAUUUUUAACAAUAAAAGCUGAAAGUUCACAUGGUCGACAAAUUUUCUAUCAAAUUGAAGCUGGUAAUGAUAAUGAUGAAUUUCUACUGGAUUUUAAUACAGGUUUUUGUUCAAUGUCAAUCACUUGUACAAUAAGUGUUGUGGAAAAAUUGGAUCGUGAAACAACUAGCCAAUAUAAUUUACUUAUAUCGGCUACGGAUGCAAUUUCGGAUACAUCAUCUACGGUUAAUGUCUAUAUUAAAGUCGAAGAUAUCAAUGAUAAUCAGCCAAUGUUUACAAAAUUUUAUUAUAAUGUUUCGAUACCGGAAAAUUUAAUGGUCGGUUCACCAGUUUUACGUGUUGAAGCAUAUGAUCCAGAUAGUGGUGCAAAUUCACGAUUACAAUAUCAUUUAAUGGGAAUUAGUAUGAAUAAAAGUCAUUUUUAUAUAUCACCCGAUGAAGGAAUUAUUUAUUUAAAGAAAAGUCUUGAUUAUGAAUUAGAAUCAUUUUAUCAUUUUGAAAUUAUUGUUAAUGAUUAUGGUUCAGUACAAUUAACAUCAACAGCACAAGUAUGGAUUGAAAUAUUAGAUAUAAAUGAUAAUUCACCAAUAUUACCAGCUACAUUUACAACAACAAUCGAUGAAGAUAUUGAAAGCGAUGGUUUUGUAACAAAAAUUAUUGGUUAUGAUGCUGAUCAAAGUGAUCAGGAUAAAUUACGUUAUAAAAUAAUAUCCGGUUCAAAUAUGGCAUUUAAAAUUGAUGAAACAACUGGUUCAAUAUAUGUAAAAAAUCUUAAAAAUUUUACUAAACAUCAUUAUAAAUUAAAUAUUUCCUUAACGGAUGGUAUUUAUUCAACAAUAAAUAAUUUUUCACCACGUUUUCAUCGUAUACUAAAUAAUGUUGCUAUCGGUGAAAAUCAACCAAUCGGUACAUCAUUAUUGUUUGUUAAUGCAACCGAUAAUGAUGAUAAUAUUUAUGGCCAAAUUGAAUAUCAUAUACUUAAUGAUUAUGGUAGGAAAUUUUUUAACAUGGAUCAAAUAACUGGUGAAAUACGUUUAAAAAUGGAAUUAGAUUAUGAAAAAGAUGAUAAAUUUUAUUGGCUAAUAUUAGGUGCACAAGAUCGUGGUAAACGUAUUGGUAUUUCAGCAUUACGUAUUGCAUUAAUCGAUCAAAAUGAUAAUGGACCACGAUUCAUUGUGGAUGAAUAUAAAUGUUCAAUUUGUGCAAAUGUACCAGUCGAUUCGACCAUAUUAUCAAUAUUAGCAUUAGAUGAUGAUGAUGAUCCAGAAAAUACUGUUAUUCAAUAUUCAAUAUAUGAUGAUGCGAAUGAUCUAGAUUCAACAACUAUGAUGAAUCAGAUAAAUGAUUAUGUUGAAAUUGCAUCCGAUACUGGUUAUAUUUAUAUUCGUAAAAAUCUUACACAAUUAAUUGGUAAACGAAUUCAAUUUUUUGUCAAAGCUUUUAAUGUUCCGGGUAAUGUUCGUAAUAAUAUUGGUAAAAAUAUUCAAAAACGAUUAAUUUCGAAUGUAGUUCCAAUUACAAUCGAAAUUGUUGAUUCUUGUGAUUAUCAUAAACGUGAAGCAUUUUUAUAUGAAGUUUUUGUCAAAGAAAAUAUUGAACGUGGUUCAAUUGUAGCAAGUUUAAAUUUAGCCAAUUAUAAAGAUGUUGAAAUAGAAAUUGUUGGUUUAGAUCAACGUUCUGAUUCGAAUAAAUUUCGUAUCGAUAGUGAUGGACGAAUCUAUGUAAAUGAACCAUUAGAUCGUGAAAUAAAAUCAAAACAUAUUUUAGCAUUACGUGUUUAUGAUAAAAUCUAUCAUAUAACUGAUUAUUUUUAUGUAAUCAUUAAUAUUAUGGAUGAAAAUGAUUGUACACCUUAUUUUGAUUCAGCAUCAUAUUAUUUAUCAUUGGCCGAAAAUCAAGAAAUUGGAUCAACAAUAUUCAAAAUGACAGCUUUAGAUAAUGAUAUUGAUCUGUUGAAUAAUGCCCUAAAAUAUAAUCUACGUAAUGAUCAUGAUGGUACAUUUCGUAUUGAUGAAAAUUCUGGUUGGAUAUCAUUGACAAAGCAAUUGGAUCGUGAAUCAAUCGAACAUUAUAAUCUACAGAUUGAUAUAACCGAUGGUUUACAUAGUAAUUCAACAUCACUUUAUAUUGCUGUUUAUGAUGUUAAUGAUAAUAAACCAAUGAUUGAACCUGUACGUUCAAUUGCAGCAAUCUAUGAAAAUAGUUUUCUUGGUACGGUUAUUCUUCGUAUCAAAGUUGAUGAUCCGGAUAUGAAUCCUGAACUUCGAUAUUAUAUAUCAAAAGGUGAUCAUUUACAUCAUUUUGCUAUAUCAUCAUCAGGUGAUGUUUAUGUAAAUAAAACACUUGAUCGUGAAACAAUUGAUCAAUAUUCAUUAAAAAUAUUGGUUACGGAUGGAAAAUAUUAUACCGAAUCAGAAUUAUUAAUCGAUGUACUUGAUGUAAAUGAUAAUGGACCAAUUUGUGUGAAAUCAAAAUAUGUUGAAAUGGUUAGCGAAUCAGUUCCCAUCGGAACACACAUUUUAACGGUUGAAGCUGUUGAUCAAGAUGAUGCUGAAAAUGGUAAACUUUAUUUUGUACUGGAUGGUGAUCAUAAAAAUCAUUUUAUUGUCGAUUCAUUUACUGGCCGUUUAAAAACUAAUGCUAAACUUGAUCGUGAACAUCAGUCAAUCUAUUUAUUCAAUGUUAUUGUAUAUGAUUAUCAAAAUCGUGAAUGGCAUUGUACAAGUAAUGUUGAAAUUUUAUUAAGUGACAUAAAUGAUGAACCACCAAGAUUUUUAAUGCAAUUAAAUUCAGUUCAUGUACCGGAAGAUUCACCAGUCGGUAUGAUUUUGGGUAAAGUUAGUGCAAUCGAUCUUGAUAUUGGACCUAAUCGUCAAAUAAUCUAUGAACUAAUUGAAUCAACUGGUGAAUUUCUUAUACAUGAAAACAGUGGUAUUAUACGUUUGGCAAAAACAUUAGAUCGUGAAAGUUGUUCAUUUUAUAAUCUAACCAUAAUGGCAUAUGAUGUAAAUAUGCCAAUAUUAAAUUCAACAACAUAUUUUACUGUAAAUGUAACCGAUAUCAAUGAUAAUGCACCAGAAUUUGAAAUGCAAACAUAUAAGGCUAAUAUUGAUGAAAAUGUUGUCAUUGGUACUGAAGUAAUACGAAUAUUUGCAACAAGUAAAGAUACUGGCAUUAAUGCUGAAAUACGAUAUAAAAUUAUCAAUGGUAAUGUUAAUGAUACAUUUUUGAUUGAUAGUAAAACCGGAUCUGUAACAGUAGCCAAUGAUCUUGAUUAUGAACAAAGUAAUGAAUAUUUUCUCAUUAUUGAAGCUAAAGAUCAAGGUAUACCGCCAUUAUCAAGUGAAGUUAAUCUAUUGAUCAAUGUUAAUGACAUUAAUGAUAUGCGUCCACAAUUUUCUCAACGUUCAUAUGAUAUUGUCAUACGUGAAGAUGCACAGAUUGGUGAUAAAAUCUAUCAAAUUGUUGCUAGUGAUGGUGAUUCGCCUCCCAAUGCUAAUCUAACAUAUUCAUUUGAAAAUGAUCAACUUUCAUAUAAAGAAUUUAAUAUUGAACCAUUACUUGGUAUAUUAACAGUUGCUAAACAACUUGAUCGUGAAAUGAUUUCAUCAUAUAUUUUGGAAAUAUUUUGUUCUGAUAAUGGUAAACCGAUACCAUUUUCAGCAUCCGUAUUUAUUAAUAUUGAAAUAUCCGAUUAUAAUGAUAAUCCACCUUUGUUUGAUAAAAUCAAUCAAACAAUUCAUUUGAAAGAAAAUCGUCCAAUUGGAUUUAAAUUUUUUGAAUUUAACAUUUAUGAUCCAGAUAGUUCAUUGAAUUCGGGACCAUUUAAAUUUGAAUUUAUUGAAGGAAACAAUGAUGAAAAAUUUAUUAUCAAUGAUAAUGAUUGUUCAUUACGUACAAAUACAAUUUUCAAUCAUUAUCCAAAUCAAUCGGAUUAUAAACUUGUUAUUAAAGUUACCGAUUCAGGUAAUCCACCAUUAUCUACAAUUGGUUGGUUGAAUAUAUUGAUCAUACAGGAAUCAAAAACACCACCAAAAGUUCAUCCAUUAUCGAUAACAAUAAAUUCAUUGGAUCAUUUUCCCGGUGGUUUAAUUGGUCAAAUUAAUGCUACCGAUGAUGAUCCAUUUGAUAAACUAACAUAUAGUUUGACCAAUUCUGAAGAUAAUCAAAAUAUUUUUGCUAUCGAUAAUAAUGAAGGUUUUAUACGUGCAUUACCCGGAUUAGAUAUUGGAAAAUAUCAGAUUAAUGUUACAGUAUCGGAUGAAAAAUUUCAAUCUUGGGGUAUAAUUGAAAUUGAAGUGAUAGCUAUUACUGAAUCGAUGAUUGAAAAUGCAAUGGUCAUACAAAUCUAUUCAAUAAAAAUACAGGAUUUUUUGAAUAAUUUUCUAAAAAAUUUCAUUCGAUCAAUGAAAGCAUUGUUUAAAGUGACCGUGAAUGAUGUCAUUGUACUUAGUAUUCAACAGAUAAUUCCAUCAUCAUCUAUACAAAGACAUCGUCGAAAUGAUGGACAACAUUUGUUGACAUCGGAUUCAAUAAGCUUAAUGUUUGCCAUAACUACCACUAAUAAUGAUAAUAAUAAUCCUGUUCAUCAUCAUUUAAGUCGUGAAACGAUUCGUGCAAAAUUAUUGGAAAAUAAAUAUUUUGUUGAAAAUCAAAUCGGAUUAACAUUUGAUGUAUUAUCACAACGAUCACAAUGUCAUGAUAUUAAAUGUGAAAAUGGUGAAUGUCGUGAAGAAUUAUAUUUAAGUGAAAAUCAAAUUACCUAUGCUGUUAGUCAAAAAUUUACAUUCGUAUCACCAUAUCAUGAAUUUCGUUUUGGUUGUGCUUGUCAUACUGGAUUUGGUGGUAUUCAUUGUAAUGAAACUGUUAAUGAAUGUUAUCGUAAUCCAUGUCCAGCGAAUAAAGAAUGUUUACCAGUAUCAUCAUCAUUAGGUUAUGUUUGUCAAUGUCCAUUUGGAAAAUCUGGUAUUGAUUGUAAUCAAAAUGCUGAAACCUGUCAAGCAAAUGAACGUGAUGUACUUGUUUGUUAUCAGGAAUUUAAUCCAAUAUCAUUCAAUGGACGAUCAUAUGUACGAUAUUUAUUUGUUAAAAAAAUUGAUAAAUUAUCAUUCCGUUUUCGUACACAACAAUUACGUGCACGUAUUCUAACACAACAAAAUGAUCAAUCAUUUGUUAUAUUGGAAAUUGUUGCCGGUUAUUUACAAUAUCGAUUUAAUUGUGGUGAAGGUGAAGGUUUAAUACGUGUACACAAUCUAUUUGUAAGUGAUGGUAAAUGGCAUGAAAUUAUUGUCGAACGUAAAGAUAAUACAGCAUCAUUAUUAUUGGAUCGAAAAUAUCGUAGUGGUGGAUUUGCACCGGGUGCAUCCAAUUCUUGUCUAAAUCGUUUAAAAUCGGAUAUUUAUUUUGGUGGUGAUGUUAAAUCCAAUUCUGAUAAUGUUGUUGGUGAUGAAGAAAUUUUAUAUGGAUUUAAUGGAUGUUUAGAUAAUAUUCUAUUUAAUGGUCAACAGAUACCAUUUCAUAAAACAUCACGAUCAGCUAUUGUAAUAUUAAAAACAUUGGCUAAUAUUGAAUUUAGUUGUACAUUUAAAACAAAUACCGGUGCUUGCCGUUCACAACCAUGUAUGAAUGGUGGCCAAUGUGAAAAUCUUACAAAUGGUUCAUAUGUAUGUCAAUGUCCGGGACAUCGUUAUCGUGGUCAUCAUUGUGAAAUUGAUUCAUUACCGUGUAGUAUAUCACCAUGUCAAAAUGAUGGUAUCUGUGUAACGGAUUUAGAUGCAUGUGAAAAUAAUCAUUCACCACAUUGUUAUAAAUGUCAAUGUCGUAAUGGAUUUACCGGUAUUAAUUGUCAAUUACCAAAUCAUUGUAGUGCUAAUUUUUGUCAUAAUGGUGGUGUUUGUGAAGAAACAUCAAUUGGACCAAAAUGUCAUUGUCAUACUGGUUGGCAUGGUUUAUAUUGUGAACAAGAUAUUGAUGAAUGUCAUCUAAAUACACCGGCUUGUCAUUCAACAGCAAACUGUAUUAAUUUACCCGGAACAUUUCGUUGUGUUUGUCCAAUAAAUUCAACAAUCAAAUGUAAUGGACAUAGUCUUUUAACAACAAAUCUAAUUGAAUCAUAUUUUCAUAUUUCAUAUAAAGAAAUGAUGAUUGUUAUUAUAAUAUUAAUUGCACUUGUAUUUAUUGCAUUUUUUAUUGUACUUUGUUGUACUUGUUGUAAUCGACCAACAAAAAAGAAACCAAAACAAGAAAAAAAUAAUGAUGCUAGUGAAUCAUUAUUAAAUAAAUCACCAAAUCAUCGUAUAUCAUCAUAUCAUGAAAAUUGUGAUCAUCAACCAAUUAUAACUAAUAAUAAUAAUAAGGAUAAUAAUUUUGAAAUGACAAAUAUGACAAAUAAUAUAUCGGCAGCUACAAUUAAUCAUCAUCAUCAGAUAAAAUCAUCUGUACAAAAUUAUCAAGAAUUAUUUAAUAAUACAAAUAAUGAUUGUAAUAGUAUUUUGAAUUCAGAAGAUUAUGAUCAACAAACACCAGUUACUAUUGGUGGUGGUUGUGGUAGUAUUAUUGAUUAUACACAAAAUUUUAAGAAAAAUGCACCAAUUGCAAGUGUUUCACCACAAAUGAUUGAAACAAUUAAACAAUCAUCAUCAUCAAUGAUUAGUAUGAAUUCAAAUAAUAGUAAUAGUAAUAAUAAAGAUAAAAAGAAUCGAAAACGUUCAAAAAUGGUCAAUAUUCAUUCAUCUACUGGUAAUCGUGAAACACAUCGUAAACGAACAUCACUUAAUGAUUCAUCCGAUUCAAAUGUGACAAAUUCAACACAAACUGAAGGCUAUCAUUGGGAUACAUCGGAUUUAUAUCUAGCUGAUGGUAAUCACAAUCAACAUAAUCAUGCAGAAAAUUUUACACAUGUUGUACAAUAUAAUUUUGAUAAUUCAAACAUAAUCAAUGGUAACGAUAAUGAUGAUGAUGAUUCAUUAAAUAUACCUUGUUCACCACCACAUCCAUUAUUGAAUGCAACAUAUGUUAAAUCUAAAAUACGAAAUAUUGAUCAACAACAUAAUAAGGAAACAUCACCAUUACUUGUUGUAACAGAUAAUCCGGAUAACAGUAAUGAAAAAAAUCAACAACAACAACAAGAAGAUGAGGAAAAAAAUCUAUUACCUAGUCCACCAUUGGAAAUAAAACUUGGUAGUAAAUUAGAAUUUUCACGUAAUAAUUAUAUUGAACGUUAUCUACCUAAACAUGAUGAUAAUAAUGAAAAUCAAUUAAAUUAUCAAAAUCAUAAAAAAUAUUCUACAUCCGAUAUAAUUGAUUAUGAUUUAAAUGUUGAUAAAAUGGAAAAAUUGAAUGGAAAUGGAAAACAACAAUCACAACAACCACAACAACAACAACGAAAUCGUAAUCGAAAUGAUUCAUCUGGAUCGAUACAAAGUUCAAUUAGUAAUCAGCAAAUAAAACCAGUAACAUUAUUAACAUUUAAUCGUUCAUCAUUGAAUGAAAGUGCAGAUAAUUUUUCAUUAUUAACACCAUCAUCAUCAUGUUCAACAACACCGAUUGCAGCAUUAAUAAAUAGUUCAAGCGCAAGUGAUACAAUUGAUCAAUGUUCAUCAUCAAUGUCAUCAUCAUCAAAUAAUGAUCUCAAAAUAUCACCAUUAAAUUCAUCGAUUGCAUUUAUGAAUGGUUCAGAAUCAUCAUCAUUGAAUACGAUCAUUAAAAACAAUCAUUAUCAUCAUCAUCAUCAUCAACAACAUCAGCAUCAAAAUUCAAAUAAUAAUAAUAAUGGUAAUAGUCAAACAAUGGCAAACAUACCAUUGAAUACUGCCAACGGAAAUGGUAAUCAUAAUUAUAAUGGUGCAUCAACAACAAUGAUGAAUAAUUAUAAAAUGACUAGUUUUUCAUAUCCAAACAAACAAUUUCAACAACCAACAAUAAAUGUCAAUGGUAAUAAUAGCGAUAAGGAAACAACAAAUGGCAAUCAUAUUGAAAUCAAAAAUUCAUCAUCUGGAAUGACCGGGAAUUUGAAUGUUAAUGAUAAUAAUGAUACCAAUACCAAUACCAUUAAUGGUGAUGAUUCUACAAAAAAAGAUGUUGAUUGUAAUCAACAACAACAACAACAACGUAGUAGCUCAAUACAAUAUACAUUUGUAUAAACAAUCAAACAAUCAAUCAAUUACUGAUCAUUGUUUUUUUUUCAUAGAGAAAACUUUCUAUAAACUUUCUCUGUAAACUUUUCUUAAUUUUUUUUUUUUGGAAUAUCUACCUACUUAUCUACAAUCAUUUGAAGAAAAUCGAAGAAUUCAUUUUUAUUAAUAUUUGACUGUGAUUAUCAAUUUUUUUUCUGGAAAAAAAUUUCUUCUGUUUUUUUUUGCGAAAAACCACCUUUCUUUUGUUUUUUUUUCUGCCUUUCAUAAUUACAAUUAGUAAAUCAAAUAUCAUUUUUUUUCUUCUUCUUAAUGUUUCAAUUAUACGUUGCCCAUUUGUAAAAUAUAACUUACCUCUUUGUAUACAAUAUUUUUUUUUUUGA